GUGUGUCAGUGUCAAUAGCGCGUCAUAUGACGUUUUCAAAAUGCCUAGAAAGUAUUAUGCUAGACUAUGCACUCUUCAGAAGUGGGAAAAUUAUUCAGGUUAUGGAUUUAGCCUACAGGCGACGAAGGGCAAGGUCGGACACUAUAUAAGUGAGGUCGAUCAACAAUCUCCUGCAUUUGCGGCUGGUCUUAGAGAUGGUGAUUACGUAGUAGAAGUAAAUGGCGUUAAUAUUGUACCUAACCAACAUCAAGAGGUAGUACAAUGUAUUUUGAAAAAUCCAUCAAAAGUCUCCCUUCUUGUACUCGAUCCAGAAUCAAAAGCUUAUUUCGAAAAUAAUUCAAUUAAUGUCAGUAAAUUUAUGGUAGAUAUUGAGAAAGUCUAUUGUCCAGCAGUUAAUCCAUUUACAUCUGGUCAAAAGGUGAAUGGACAUAAUGAGCUGGGUCACAAUAGCAUAUAGACAAAGUUGAGACAAACAACAUUUUAAACAAAUGUUCUUUUGCUCUGAUAACUCAAUUUUAACAAACAAAACUUAUUACAUGGAUAUUAUCAAUAAUCGAAAACUUGUAGUGUGGCGUCGAGUCGCGGUUCACUAUGAUCACCACUACAAGAAGGUUGCGUACCAGAUAUCAGAAGGCGAUUGGAGGUUAUAGCGAGAUAUAUUUGUUGGCGAUCUCGUGGUAUCGAAAGAAUACCGAGCUCGUGCCAGGUUACAAGUGUGGUUACCGAGAGUAACCGAAUUCGUGCAAGGUCACAAUCAACGGAAGGAAGAAUAUCUUUAGUACAGUCAAACAAACAAGUACAGUAAAACAAUCACUGGUACAAUUGGUUAUAAUAAUAAUUGUUCCCAUUAAACCAAUCGCGUUCCCUUGAUAAAAAUUUCAGAUGACAGUUUUUUAUCAAGUGAAUCAGAAAAAAAUAAAGUUGGAACCAGUGACGAGAUGACCAUUCAAUCAUCCAGUUAUCCAUCAUCUAUGGUUUCAUUAUCACAACAUAAUAAUUCACUGACAAGUAUUCGUAAUAGUUCACCAGCAUAUAGUUAUAAGUCAAGAAAUGAUAAGAUAAAUGGUGCUUUAUCCGUUCAAGAUACUCCCAUCUCUAUCGAAUCUAAGAAGUCUGUUCAACGGAACAAUCAUCAAUCAAUUAUAAGUGAUAUUGAUUCGGAUAUAAUUAGUAAUAGAUCAACAGUAAAUGGAGGACGUCGACGAAAUCAACGAAAAGAUUUUCUAAGUUUUAAUGCACGUGCAAAAAUAGUGAAUGAAUUGUAAUAAACUGAAAUUGUUUUCAAAGUUUUAAAUCAUAGAAACAGAUAUUGUUUAUUCGACUAAAUCAAAUUAUCAAUGUGUGUCACUAUAAGCUGCUGAUCGAACUAAAUAUUUGUGAAAAGUUUACAAGAGAAUUUUUUUAAUAAUUUGUAUUACCACCCCAUUAUUUGUUAUUUUUCUCAUCGUUAUUUUCUUCUAUCAUUAUUUUAGUCACAUUAUUAAUGAUUUCAUUAUUUUGUAUAAUAAAAAUCUUUAAUUAUGAA